AUGCAUUCUCGUUCCACAGACCCCUCUGCUGAAACACGUCCUACUAAGGUGGCUCUGGGUGUUCCUGGUGGCUUUGAGCUUCCACAGGAACGUUACACCAUAACUGAACACUGGGCGCUCAUUGUUUUUCCCGAAGCGCAUCGUUUGGAGCUAUCAUCGCCGUCAGCAGAUUCACCGAAGGAUGAUUUAUCACACUUGAAGGACUUAAAUUUACCUGCACGACUCGCUGCUGCUAUCAAUGCCAUACAACGUGCAGAAUCGGCCAUACUGGUGGAAGAACGCGCUAGCGGCGUUGAAGCAUGGGAGGAGGAGAACAUGCGACUGAUCUCGUCGCAUGCGAUGAAUCUGAUUCAGUUAGACAAUGGUGUUCGAAUUGCACCCUCCGGUUGGAAGUGUUCUCAGUGUGACUUGAAAGAAAAUCUCUGGCUCAAUCUAACCGACGGAGCAAUCAAUUGUGGUCGCCGUUUUUGGGAUGGUUCCGGAGGGAAUAACCACGCAUUAGAGCACUAUGAACGGACUGGUUAUCCUCUGGCGGUCAAAUUGGGCACAAUCACUCCGGAGGGCGCUGAAGUAUUUUCCUAUCCCGAGGAUGAUAUGGUGGUUGAUCCAAUGUUGGCCGAGCACUUGGCCCAUUUCGGGAUUGAUAUUAUGCUGAUGAAAAAGACCGACAAAACCUUGGCGGAACUAGAAGUGUCUGCUAACGAGCGCUUGGGCGAGUGGUGUUUGUUACAAGAAUCCAAUCACCAGCUGGCUCCCCGAUACGGCCCGGGUCUGACUGGAUUGCGUAAUUUGGGCAAUACCUGUUACAUGAACUCUGUCGUUCAGUCCCUCAUUUUCGCUGUCAACGGUAUUCGACCCCAACUAUUCCGUCGUUUGAUGGGACGUCACAAUCGGACGUUUGCCACAAAACAUCAACAGGAUGCGUGCGAAUUUCUCAUCUAUCUCCUCGAUCUCCUUGACACUCACGCACCCAGUCCAACAAACACGAAACCUGCUCAAGCGUUCAAUGCUCAAGGUCAACCGGUUACGAUCGCCUACCCAAGCUCAUGUGUCCGGUUGGCAAUCGAGGAUCGUCUCGAAUGUGGGAUUACCAAGAAGGUGCGAUACACCACACGUAAUGAACUAGCAUUGUCGGUACCCAUUCCAAUGGAGGCAAUGGUGAAUCGACCGGAAUAUGAGGAAUGGCAACGAAUAGAACGCGAAGCAGCCGAGUCAGGAGCUAAAUUAGAUCCCGAACUGAAAGUUCGUCCUCGGAUCCCAUNUAUUGCCUGUCUCGCUUCGUGGGCUCAGACAGAGCGCGUGGAUGAUUUCCGUACUCCUGCCAGUGAACCACCUGGACAGAUGACUUAUGCGCUUCGUUCCAGUCGACUUGCUAACUUUCCUGAUUAUUUAUGCGUACAACUGGCCAAGUACACAGUCGGGGCGGACUGGCUACCUCGGAAGCUUGAUGUGGAAAUCGAGCUAAAGUCCAGCGACUCGGAAACUGAAAACCCAGAAAAUACGUUUAAAAUUGAUCUUUCCGCUUUGCGGAGUCGUGGGGGUCUUCAACCGGGCGAAGAACCGUUAGUAAACUCAGAGGAAACACCCGCUUCCGAGACAACCCAACCGAAACCAAAUCCAGAGAUACUUAACGAGUUGAUAUCCAUGGGCUUUUCUCAACCUGCAUGUCAUCGAGCCUGUUUACAGACGGGAAAUACAUCGUUGGAAGCAGCGACAAAUUGGAUUAUGGAACACAUGGAUGAUCCAGACCUGAACGACCCGAUCGACAAUUCGGCACGCACAACCACUGGACCAUCUGCUCAGGGAAUUCCACCGGAAAUGGAUGCCGGUUCGGUGGAUAUGAUGAUGGACAUGGGUUUCACGCAAGUUCAGGCUGUCAAGGCACUGCGGCACGCGAAUAACAAUUUGGAAGCGGCAGUCGACUGGGCAUUCUCAAAUCCGGACGCGUUGAACGCUCCGGACUCGGAUAAAGCGGUCUCGGUGACUGCGACCGGUCCCGAUGUACCGAGCAGCAUGACUGGUACUGAAGCGGCCGCCACCACGCAGCCAGGUUCACAAUUGACAGAUGGUAGUUCCACUUACGAAUUAUGCGCAUUCAUCAGUCAUAUGGGCAAAUCAACCACAGACGGUCAUUACGUGGCUCACAUCAAACGAACCGCUCUGGCCAAGUCUAUUCCUUACGAGCCUCCGGUAGAGUUUUUGGGCUCACCUCCUUGCGAUGGUGAUUCGGAUGAAUGGGUUAUUUUCAAUGACGAGAAAGUAGCGAAAAGUGAAGCACCACCCUAUCGGCACGCGUAUAUCUACAUUUUCCGUCGUACCGAUGCUCCAGCGGAUUGA